CUUAAAGGACCCAGAGAAGAGAGUGAAAUGGCGGCGGUGUCGCUCGUGCGGUGUGAGCGCGGUUUCGCGCGUGAUGCGGCUCCGGACUGGAUGCGGCAAGAGCUCCGCACUGGGACCACGAUCAUGGCCGUGGAGUUUGACGGGGGAGUUGUGAUCGGCGCUGAUUCUCGAACCACCACAGGUGCGUACAUCGCUAACAGGGUGACGGACAAGCUGACCCCCAUCCAUGAGCGCAUCUUCUGCUGUCGCUCUGGUUCAGCAGCAGACACCCAGGCCAUCUCAGACGCAGUCACCUACCAGCUGGGCUUCCACAGUAUUGAAUUAGAUGAGCCCCCAUUGGUCCAGACAGCUGCUAAUCUCUUCAGAGAGAUGUGCUAUAGGUACAGGGAGGAGCUGAUGGCCGGGAUCAUUGUGGCUGGUUGGGACAAGCGCAGGGGUGGGCAGGUGUACACCGUGCCUGUGGGUGGGAUGUUGACCAGGCAGCCUGUGUCAGUGGGAGGCUCUGGCAGCAGCUACAUCUACGGCUACGUGGACUCCAAUUACAGAGCCCACAUGAGCAAGGAGGAGUGUCUUCAGUUCACUGCACAAGCACUAUCUCUGGCCAUGGAGAGAGACGGGUCGAGCGGGGGAGUGGUGAGACUGGCCGUGAUCUCUGAGCAUGGUGUAGAGAGACGUGUUGUUGCCGGUAACCAGCUCCCAAGCUUCUCUGCCAUCUAAAACACGCCGUUGUCACACACCUGCUGCUGGGGGGAAAAAAAACAAAGUUUUAUAUUUCAUUGUUUUGUUUAUUAAAAUGCUCCAAUAAAAAUGGAAGAAGUGG